AUGUAUGGUGGAAUUAAGGUUGCCCUCUGGGCGCUGACAGGUCUGCUGUCCAUCACCACCAUCUUCUUCAACGUCUACAUCCUGCUGAUGAGUCUGUGGAACUACAAGCAGAACAAGAAGUGGACUCCGAGUGAAACCAUCAUCCUGGCGCUUUCAAUCGCCAACAUGGCUCACCAGCUGAUCUGCUACUUCUGGAUGACCAUGGCUGAGGUGGACAGUAGCUGCCACAUCAUGCAGAUGCCCUACACCAUGAUGCUGCUGCUAGUCUACAGCCUCAAGUACACCAUUAUGUGGGACAGUAGCUUCCUCACCUUUUACUACAGCACCAAGCUGGUGAACACACCCAACCACUGCUACACAAACAUCCAGGGGGUUAUCCUCAAACAUGUAGCCUUGGUUGUGUUUCUCAUCCCUCUUUGUGGCCUUGGUACAUGUCUGCCCAUGAUGGUGGUGUUUCACCCUGACAACCAGACCACAGUCAACCAGGACUGUGGGGUGUUAAUGCCCGACACCUUACCCGGUAAGGUCUACGAGGUCCUCUACCUGCUCUUUGCCGAUGUUCUACCAGGGCUACUCAUGAUCAAGAGCUGCAUCUCCAUCUCCGUCCACUUGGGCAUCCACCUGCGCCACAUGAAAGCCAGCACCAACGGAGCCCACGCGCCCAAGCUGGGCGCUCAGAUGAGGGUGAUCCGCAUGGCUUUGUCCCUGGUGGCUGUCUUCAUCCUCUUCCUCAUAAUUGACCUCUACGUCAACUACCAGAUCUCUGUGAACCACGAUAACAUCCUCAUACUCACGUUCUUCUUCACGUCCAUCUACACUACCACCACUGCCAUGGUGCUGAUCUACGGCAAGAAGCCUUUUUGGAAAACCCUCAUACAUGAAUUCAACGUCAGCAUGGAUGAAUAUCCGUGUUUGUCGUGUCUGAAGGUGCCUGAACGGAAGGCCAAAGCCAGCACAACUGCAAAGAUUAAAAACUGA